GUCCUUCAAUCAUCGGCCUUUUCAUCCGCUCUCUGUUUCUGUUUUCUGGUUCCUGGUCCCUGGCGCGGACACUUGCCACGAGCGAGUGAGCUGUCCAUGUCGACCUCGUGAGCGGCCGACGUGUGUGCGUGGGCCCUUUGGAGAUGGCGAUCACCCCUAAGCAUUUGUCACAGGCGCGGACGAUCUGGGCCGCGCAACAAAGCAAAGCAGAAUGUGUGCGACGACGGAGGGGAAAGGCUAAUGACAAUCGACAGGUUCGAGUCCCGCUUCCCUCCGCUGAUGAAACGAGCCCUUGGACCCGCCGGCGCAAUGUCGCGCGGCUCCGGGCAAGAUGGGCAUCAUCCUUCUGCCGCCCGUACAUUGGAGGCGAAGUCAGCUGGCGUGAUAACGCAGAGAGGGGGAAACCCCAAAAGAAGAUCGAGCCGGCUGGGUCUGGCUGAGCAGCGAGCGAGAGCAUCACAAGCUUUUUUUUUCCCCGCCCGCAGCCAAUCGCGGGCCCGACGGUUAGUUUUCGAUAGCGUCUUAUGCUCGUGUUCGCGAAGCUCAAGCAAGCUAGACGACGAGUCCCAGAGUGCUGAAAUUGCCGCUUCGGUCCUGGCCUCUGGUCUCUGGGCUCUCUGUGCGAUGGGGGCGUCGGAUGAUGGGCGCCAGGUUGCCGUUGCACGCUGGUCGCACACGCCGUCGUGGGCCCCGACCGCGGACAGUGUGUUUGUACAAUGACGAUGCCAAGCGGUGACGGGAGGCAACGAUCGUCGCCAGUACAAAAGGACUACCGCCAGCUCGCCGCCGACGGAGGAAGUCUUUCAUCAGUCUGUCGCUUUCCUGUUUCUCUCUGUCGUUCCGAGCCUGCCUUGUCGAAACAAGUUGGUCGGCUUUCCGGUCCGUUGCAGCUCAGCCUUCGAUCUUUUGUUUCCAAACAAACGACGACGACGAAACUAUCUCGGCCCCCGCAACGACGAUGCUCUCGAGAUCUCUCCUGGCCGGCGCCACGCUCGUCUCUGCGUUCGUUUCCGCCCAGACGUAUCCCAACCAGACGGCGCCGUUCUCGCUGAAGAUCGUGUCGGCCGACAAUGCGACCCUGAACGGCGCCUCGCUGUUUGCAUGCCACGAGGGCGCCGCCAUUGAAGGCCUUUGCAACGCGGGCCAGAUCACCACCGUGCCCACCGAUGCCUCGCUGUUCACCUUCAACUACUCGGCCGCAAGCACGGUGGAAAAUGCAGACGCGGGUGCCACGGGCUACCUCACGUACCUGCUCCAAGCCUCGGGCGUCAACGUCAGCGAGCCGUUGGAGCUGACCAUGCUGGAGAGCAGCAAUGUCGCCCACCCCAUCUUUUCUCCGUCCGAAGUGGGCACUGCAGUCGCUUUCGAUUCGAAGAAUCUCUUGAACAUUCAAAGCUACAUCGACGACACCGUCACGCCUCCCGUUGCUGGCGCCUUCAAGGCAUACUACCGCUGGUACAUAUGCAUGACCUACUUCGGCGGGUACACCUACCAGACCUUGAACUGGGUCCUGGGCUCAUAUCCGCCGCAAAACCCAAGCUGUCAAAAGGUCGACAUCCAGCGCGUGUUUGCGUAAAUGUAUGGGACUGCAUUGCCUGGUAUGCUACGUGCUUCUGUUCUGCUUCAGCAUUACUGUCAUCAUUGCCGGUUUCCCGGAAAGCAUUCGCAUAGUUUUUAGCACAGACGCACAUUGAUUUUAUUUUCACAACACUGGCAUUGAGGCAUCGUAUGAUAAUGUGUAAAACGGACUAGUUGGAACGAGAGGUAGUCAUCGGAUAGAGUCUUGAACAGCGGCCGCAUCGGCGCGUGUCGAGUAGCGGUAUCAGAGUAGAUUCCGAAAAGGUGCGUAGCACGAAUAAAGAAACAAUUCAUCAG